CUUCAUGUUCCCGGAAGCGCUGAAGGUCGUUUCCUGUUAUCCGCGUCGCGAUGUGUGGAGACUGUGUGGAGAAAGAAUAUCCCAACCGGGGUAACACCUGCCUGGAGAAUGGAUCUUUCUUGCUGAACUUUACAGGCUGUGCAGUGUGCAGUAAGCGAGAUUUUAUGCUGAUCACAAACAAAUCCUUGAAAGAAGAAGAUGGAGAAGAAAUAGUUACUUAUGAUCACUUGUGUAAGAAUUGUCAUCACGUAGUAGCCAGGCAUGAAUAUACCUUCAGUAUCAUGGAUGAAUUUCAGGAGUAUACCAUGCUGUGUCUGCUAUGUGGCAAAGCUGAAGAUACUGUCAGUAUUCUCCCUGAUGACCCCCGGCAAAUGACUCUGUUAUUCUAAGGAUCCUUCUGUUGUAACUAUGUGUUGGGUUGGUUUACAAUACAGCAAGCCCAAUGGUUUUGUCUUAGGUUAUAAUGAAAAUUCUUUGCAUGUGUUGUUUUUUUUUUUCUGCUUAGACUUACCUAUUCUUUGAAAGAAAAAGUAAUUUAGGGGAUUGUUGUUCUCUGAAGCUGAGCUCUUCUGCUAAAGUCCACAGUUGACAUCAGUGCAGCCAGAGUAAAGUAUCUUUGUUAGCAUUAAUGUACCCAGAAAAUGACUAGAAUGGGAGCACACCUAGUGCCCAGGUCUUGCUUUCUAAUAAAAGGAACAAGGGCUCCUUGGAAAAAUGAUGAUUCUAAGACUGGGGCAUGAAAUAUACAAGAUGAGCCUGAAGCAUCUUGUGCCACAAAAAAAUGAAGUGCUAAAAAUAAAUUCACAAUGAUUGGGGGUAUGUCAGACAGAGGAGCCAACUGAACUAGUUCCCAGUGACCACAGCUGGAACAAUUUGAGCAACAAAGUAAAUAAAGUGGUAUUGGAUAAUAACCCAAACUAUAUAAUAAAUAUCUGUAGUCCACACUGAUGUAAAUAAGUGAUUGAAUAAAUAACAGAGAGAAUAGACAAAUCUCUUGUGCAGAAGAAUUCCAAAUAAUUUAUGUAGAUACUCCCCACUCCUUAAGUAUGGGCUGUGUGUAGUGACUUCCUUGCAAAGAGUAUAACAUGGAAAGGAGAAAAAAAGAGUAAAUUUAUGGUGAAGAAACCUGACAAACACCAGCUCAGCCAGGUGAUCAAGGUUAACAUCAUCAAUGAUAAACCAUGUUUUGAUAGCAUGUAUGAUGUGUUGAGAAUGGCAUCUUAUCUCUGUGGUCUUCUUCCCAAAAACCCAUAACCCAAGUCUAAUGAUGAGAUAAACAUCAUACAAAUCUCAACUGAUGGGCAGUCUAUGAAAUACUUGACCAGUACUCCUCAAAACUGUCAAGGUCAUCAAAAACAAGGAAAGUCUAAGAAAUUUUCACAGCCAAGGAGAGCGAAAGGAGACAUGACAGCUAAAUGUAAUGUAGUAUCCUAAAUGGUAUCCUGCAGCAGAAAAAGGACAUUUGGUAGAAACUAGGGAAAUCUGAAUAAAGUGUGGAUUUUAGUUAACAUAAACAAAUAGAAUGGUUUCAAUUGCUUAAAGAGAUCUUAGAACAUCUUACUUUGCAUGGUUGAAUGAGCACUGGCUUGGGGGUGAUAAACUCUGGAAUGGAGGCUUCUCUGCCACUUGGUAGCAGUAUAACCAUUAAGCAAAGCAUUACUCUGGACUUCAUUGUCCCAUUUCUAUGAAAUUGGGCUAACAAAAAUUGAUAUUAUACUUCCUUCAUAGUAUUGUUAGGCAAUCCAAAUGAAUCAAUGAAUGUAAGAUACUUUGGAAAGCAUGUAAAGUAUUAGAUACAAUCAAGUGGCUUCAGUUCUCAUUCUGACACCAAAACUGAAAGGGUCAGGCAUCAGAAACAAUAUUAUUUCCUCUUCAUAUCUGAGAGAUUUGGAAAUUCUGAACUAAGGCGUUGCUUAUAAGAAAAAAAAAGUGUGCAAAAUGUUUAUUGUUGAGACCAGGAAUAGCUUUGUUGUAUAUCAGCAAUGAUAAUAAUAGUAAGGUUUAUUGAGUACUUAACUAUGUGCUGAGGCAUUUUUAAACUAUUGUUUAAUCCUCCUUAACAACUCAAUGAGGUAGGUACUACUGCUAUUCCAGUUUUAGAGCCAAAAAAACAACAAGGCCCAAUGAAGUUAAGUAAUUUACUCCGGUCACACACUAGUACAGUGACUGCCUCUCAAUAGUAGUGUUCAGUAAACAUGAGGUUAUAAGGGUCUGGCAAGAUUAGGAAGAGGUUGAGAAUAUCAGUGACAGCACUCUGAGGAAUCUAGGCAUGUCAGAUCAAGGUUUAUUAUUCAUGAAAGUUAAGUCAGCUGCUCUGUAGGGAUCAGUCGUUUUAUUCCUGGAAAAUGUUUUCCAUUUUGCUGCAAAUCUAUAUCUGACCUGCUGAAGAAAUCAUUUGGUGAAAUGAAUCCAGAAAGCAGAGAAAAUGCUUCAUUACUUUAAAUAGCAGCACUAAGCCCAUUAUAGCCUCUGAAUUGCCCCUUCUUGCAGUUUGCUAAUGCUUCCAACUUAGUCGGUUGAAGCCCAAGAGUACGAUUUUCUAUGUCCCUACCAAUAUCCUCACCUACUGCAGAAUGUAUCUAUUAGUUUUGGACCAUGUAUUAGAAAAAUUUAAAACAUAAGAUUUUGUUCAUCUACUUCAUUAUUAUCAAGCCAACAUUGUGCCGUGUUUUGUGAUACUUUUUAUCAUUUUCUAGAAUUCUUUUGUGGCUCUAAUAAAAUGAGACCUCUUGAACCAA